AUGACUGCCAGAAAAUCGAUAUCAGUAACAGCGUCAUUAUGGUCAAGAUGGUUCUACGACACGUGCACAACAACAUGCGGUCCUGGGACUAUUAUCAGACUCAGACAUUGUAACACUGGACAUGACGAAGAUUGUCACGGGAAUGCAAACGAAACUGUGUCUUGCAAUCUAGGACAUUGUCCAGUGUCUGGAGCUUGGAGCGCUUGGCAGCCAUGGAGUGGAUGCUCGAGAAGUUGUGGUGAUGGAACUCGGAAUAGAUCUAGAAGCUGUGACAACCCCCCACCUCUGUAUGGCGGACCAACUUGUACUGGAGCAAAGAAUGAAACAGUUGUUUGUAAACUGACUGACUGCCCACACUGGUUGCCAUUUCAACAAGCCAAAGCAUGUAGUGUUACGUGCGGCAAAGGGUUUAUUCAGAUGAGGAGGAAAUGCAGCACUGGAAACUUGUCGGACUGUGAUGGCAGUGAAUUUACUGAAAUUCCUUGCGUUCUCAACGAAUGUUUAUAGAGCAAUAAAAUAC